AUGGCAUCACCACCUACCGAAGUGCCUGUCACGAGAUCUGCGGUCACUUCGCCUAGCCAACUUCUGUAUCCUCCUUAUCGAGAACCAUGUUUCGAGCUCGCAGCUAUUCAAGGUGCCGCUUUGAUUGCCGCAGUCUGGAGGAAAAGCCCACGCAACCCUCCAAAACGCUGCUUCAGGAAGCUGAACGGCUGGCAGAUUUCCAGAUCUCACGAGAAAGAGACAUUGGUUUCAUAG